CGGCGACUCCGAGCCUGAGUGCAGUGCAACCGCUUGCUUCACCACGUCCACUGCCCACUAUUAGCGAAUAUUGCUAGGAUGGCACCAGCAGCAACACCGGGAGAGCCUCGCAAAUCUCCCAGGCCACAGCCAUUAGGGAGCAUUCCUUUCAUCUUCCUCUUCACGACGUGUGCGCUAUGCGUCGUAUUCCUCUUGUGGAGAAGGGCGUCGACCCUGCGGAAAGUAGUGGCUCAUCAGCUGAAUACAUGGACGCAGAAUCAAGGGACGAUUCGUCUCUCGGAAGACGAUGGUCCUCCCGCGAUUGAAUUCCUUUCGAAUGACUUUGAUGACGACCACCAAAGGAUUGGGGAUGACGAGUCGCUUGCCACCACGGCAGAACGUCUCAGGGCUGCGAAUGCAAACACAGACCUAGGACUGGGGACUCUAGAAGGAGGCGAGCUUCUUGACGAUUCGCCGCCUGCACCACCACCCAAAGCCUAGCUUAGCGCCUUCCUGGAAGGCAUCAGCCUCAUUUCUGCUGCCUCACAACAACAUCGCUAGCUCAGGCAUUGUCCUCGCAAGUUGCUUUGGUAUGAGGUUAUACAUGCGACCACUGGUCUGCAUUCGCUUUGAAACUGAGCUUCGAUGACUUCAAUGUGUAACUAAUUGGCUUUUGUUCCAGGUGCCAACUCCUAUGCUAUCGUGUAUACUAUUCCUUCGUAUCAUACGUUAUUCCCUGGAUCAACCAG